AUGGAUGCCUUAUCUAAUUAUAAGAAGAAUGUCAAAAAAUCAGCUGACAACAUUCACGAAACUCUUUUUGCUCUUCCAUCUAGUGUCAGGUCAUACCAAGAUGAUGCUGGACCUUCAACUUCUUCAAAUUCUUUAUCUACAAAUUCUCAAUUGAGAUUUUUUUACAAACCUGAAAUGAUCAAAUGGGAAAAUAAAUUUUUUGAAAUUGACGAAAAAGAGGAGGAAGAAGAAGAGGCAAUUUUGUCACAAUUUCUUAAUGAACAACAACAAAAUUCAAAACAAAAUAAUUAUUUUGAAUGUCAAACAAAAUUUGUCAAUUUGCCUGUCCAUGGAUGUAAAAUGGCUUUACCCGAAGGAAGUACUUCAAAAAGUUCGACUUUAUGUGAAGAAAUACAUAUUCCUCCCCCAAUAGAUAAUAACAAAAAAUUUUUGGCCAAUUUCCCUCGUUUAAAAAUUGAUGAACUUGAUGAGUUCGCCCAAACAGCUUUUGAUGGAAUUAAAUCUUUAAAUGUCAUCCAAUCCCAAGUUUUUGAUCAGGCUUAUAAUACUUUGAAUAAUUUAUUGAUUUGUGCUCCAACAGGCGCUGGGAAAACAAAUAUUGCAUUAUUGACAAUUUUGAGAACAAUUCGUGAUAAUCGAACAAAAAGUGGAAAGAUAAUUAAAAAUGCUUUUAAGGUAAUUUAUUUGGCACCAAUGAAAGCAUUAGCAACAGAAAUGACCAGUAAUUUUUCUAAACGGUUGGGUCGCCUUGGAUUGAAAACACGUGAAUUAACUGGAGAUUCCCAAUUAAGUAGAAAAGAAAUUCAGGAAACACAAGUAUUAGUUUUAACACCAGAAAAAUGGGAUGUUAUUACACGCAAAAGUGAUGAUGAAGAACUUAGCCAAUUAGUUCGUCUUUUAAUUAUUGACGAAGUUCAUUUGUUACAUGACGAUCGUGGACCUGUAAUUGAGGCAAUUAUUGCAAGAACACUAAGAAGAGUAAAAAAAAUUUUUAGAGUUGAAGCGAAAUAUUUUUAUUAA